AUGCUUCUUGCCAAGCAGCGGCGUCGUGCACGGCUCAUACUGCAGCAGGCGAUAUGCUUUAAGGCAUGGUUCGGCUUCCUCUUUUACCCGAUAUCAUGUCUCCUCCUACACGACAAGCUGACUGCACUGCAGUACAGCUCUCCGUUAUCUCGUGCACUUCCUGUGUGCUGCUUGGUUGUGCUGAUUCCAGCAGAUAUAGCCCGGUAUUACUUGGGCACGCGUGGCAACUUGCGCUCGCAGGUGUUUCCUCUCACGGCCUUCAUGUUCCUGUCCUCUUGUCCAGCCUUCCCUGGCCUGGUCUACUUGAGCUUUUUCGCCGAACAUCGCCUUCCAUUUAAUGUUGUAGCGGGAACAAGCUUCGUGCUGCUGCUCCUAGCAGAGACCUUUGCAGGUUUUGUCGUGUUGCGCGAGUUGCUCAGACAAGAGGCAGCACGGUUUCUCAAAAUGCGCGAAUUAAGUGAUAUCAAUGCUACUGAAGACGAAGGCGAACGUACUAGGUUUUUACAGGGAGAAGCUAGGAACCCAAUGGCCACGUCGUGGCAAUAA